UUAUAUAAAAGUAACUUGUCACACCGGCGGCUAGCCUCGACUUUGCCCGUUCAAAAGUUCAAUGUAAAAAGAAUUCCAAAAAGUUCAGUCUUAGGUAUGGCAGAGCGGCUUGACGUAAUUAUUUUUGGAGCCAGUGGAUUUACCGGAAAGUACACUGUGCUUGAAGCGGUCACUGUUCUUGGAGGUUUGCGAUGGGGAAUUGCGGGUAGAAACCCCGAAAAGCUUAGAGCAACACUUAAGGAAGUUGGCGUCAAAGCCAAAAAGGACCUCUCUCAAGUGCCCGUAAUAAUAGCAGACGUCAACGAUGAGGCCGCUCUUUUGGAAAUGGCUAAGAAAUGCCGAAUCGUCGUAAACACGGCUGGGCCCUACCGUUUUUACGGCGAGAAUGUGGUGAAGGCCUGCAUAGAAGCCGGCACCCACCAUGUAGACGUCAGUGGAGAGCCCCAGUACAUGGAGACGUGCCAACUAAAGUACGACCAAUUAGCCAGACAGAAGGGUGUGUACGUGGUCAGCGCCUGUGGAUUUGAUUCCAUCCCAGCAGACAUGGGUGUCAUCUUUUUGGAAAAAAAUUUUGAUGGUGUCGUUAACUCUGUGGAAAGUUUUUUGGAGAGUGGAAUCAAACAAGGAGAAGGAAGCAACGAUAGCAGUGCCGGAUUGAACUACGGCACCUGGGAGAGUGCCAUUUACGGCUUGGCCCACUCUGAUGAGUUGCGGGGCAUUCGCCAACAGCUUUAUCCACAAAAAUUGCCGAAGUUUUACCCCGUUCUUCGACCGAGACCUCUGCUGUUUCGGUCUUCGGAGGUGGAUAAGGUGUGUUUACCAUUUCCUGGAUCAGAUCGGUCCGUGGUAAUGAGAUCACAGCGCUUUUUCUACAACCAGGAUAUGAAAAGACCUGUGCAGAUGCAAGCCUAUGUGGGAUUCUCUUCUUGGAUGAUUGCCAGUGUUGUAAUCUUCUUCGCCAGUAUCUUUGGACUUCUAUCAAAGUUUAAAAUUGGCCGAACAUUGCUUCUAAAAUAUCCCAAACUAUUUUCUGGAGGAUUGGCUUCGCGGGAAGGCCCCAGCGAGGACUCAAUGGAGCGUACCUUCUUUAAAAUGACUUUUAAAGCUGUUGGUUGGCCUAGAACCGAUCGUCUAGCAGAAGGAUCCGAUCAGUACACGGAGCCUCCAACUAAAACGCUUAUGGUACGAGUCUCUGGAAUGAAUCCCGGCUAUGGAGCUACAUGCGUGGCACUACUUUGUACCGCUUUGACCAUAUUGCGUGAGUCUGAAAAAAUGCCCAACAACGGUGGAGUACUGACCCCAGCGGCCGCCUUUUCCAAAACGACCCUUAUCAGUGAACUUGAGAAGCAUGAGCACGGCAUGAAAUUUGAAAUUCUUGCCAACAAGUAAAGCUUACUUUUAAAACUAUUUACUUUUUAUGUAUAUCUUAUCAUCUUGUUAAUAAGGCAAAGCCUAAUAUGUACAAUAUCUCGUAGGUAAUUCUGAAAAUAAGGAAAAUAAAGAAGAUUGUAUAGUUUUCCAAUA